UUUCACGCGGUAUAAACAAAACAAAGUGUUGUUUUGAAUGAAUUUAUUAAAUUAAAUUAAAUUAAAUUAAACCGCAAAAUGGAUGUGCUCCAGGAUUCUUUUCGUUAUUCCAAUAUCGGGAACAGCUUUGGAUUUAUUUGCAGGACCAUACAAAAGCAAUGUGGGAUUCAACAAAUCGCAUCCUACGAAAAGGACGAAUUUCGCGAGCUACUGAAGAUUCUGAAUGGCAAGGAAAGGUUCCUGGCCGCCAGGUUCUUUUGCCAGUUGCAGGCGAAUGUCGGCAGCUUCAGGGUGCUCCUUCAGCUCCAGGAACUCCGCAUCCUGACUGCCACGCAGUACAUCCUUAGCAAGGAGAACUCCGACGAGCUGCAGGUGGACAUGAUCAUAUUCCUGAACUCCGAGUUUGAGCUCCUUGCCAAUAUUUUCCUUGCCGCAGCUUAUGAUUCCGAGUCUUCACUGAGGUUAACUUCUAUCGUUACUUCAGCUUUGACCCAUCUGUACUCCGGCCUCGUUAGCAAUCCCAAAAUAAGCAACUUGGGCUACGUGGAGCCUUUAUGCAAAGCCAUACCAAAUAAUGCCUUAAGUGUUUGCAUUAACAUGCAUUUGAACACCCUGCUGGAACUUCACCGAGCCGAGAAUAUCAAGGAAGCAUUCGCCAGCUUCAGCACCUGGAUCAACGAGGGCGUAGAUGAACUUACAUUUGUGAAACACCUCUGCGAUAAGCUGUUUGUUGGCCAUCACCAGGAAGUCCUUCAGUACCUUUUCAAGCAGUCCAACUCGGAAUCCUUUAGGCAAUGGAAGUUCUUCCUCAUAUUAGUGCAGUCCAUCGCUAGUGCUGCCAGUCCAGAAACUACUACAUAUAUUAAAAAGUAUUUGAAAAACAGACUUUUGCAAACCGCUUCUAAUGGCAGUCUGAAAUCACUACUUCAUUUGCUGCUUACUGCAAGGGCUGCCUCUGCAUCAACCAUGGAUGUUCAAAAAAAUCUGGACAACUACGCCAAGUGGUACAAGCAAAACAUUGGUGAAAUGACUUACAUCCUAGGCACGGAAAAGUUUCAAACCACUUUGGGACUUUUGGAAGAAUCUUUGGAAUACGAAAAGGAGAUUGAAUAUCUGGAGAUUCAUGUUUUAAUUGCCAUUUCACCUGGAGGACGACUGGUUCAGGCCUUCAAAACUAAAUGUCGGGCACAUCUAUCUCAACUUAAAUCGGCAGCAAAGAGAAAAGCUUCCAGAGACUAGGUAGGAUUUGGUAGCCCUUGGAAUCGAAUCUCAGGAAUGUCAAGUUUCCAGAACUUAACGAAUUUGAAGUCAUACAAUUAUUACUGAAAUAAUUAUCUAUGCCUUGCCCCAAGA